UUAGUCAUAAUUACACCAGUGAAAUGAGGUGUGUGGCAACAAAAUGCAGUUUUAUUCAUACGUUUUUUUAUAUUUAUUGCUGCCCAAAACUUUGAGUAAACGAGUCGAAAUUACGUGCCCGCAACACUGCAAGUGUGAUAUUUUCGAAACUUUGAGACGCGCCACUUGCACACGCGGGAAUUUGGCAGGGAUUGAGUCAAAUAUACCGACACAAACGCAAAUUCUGGACCUAUCCUUUAACCGGAUUAGCUGGCUUCAGAAAAAUGUGUUUAAGGUAGUAAUCAUUUCCCGUUAUCAGUGGCUAAUUCAUUUUAAGGAGGAAAAACUCACGAAUUUGAAACUACUAAACCUGUCCCACAACAUAGUGAGUCAUAUUGAAAUGAAGGCUUUCAAAGGCUUGAGUGCCUUGAGGACGUUAGAUUUGUCGUACAACAGUGUCCAGUAUUUAACCCCAGCCUGGUUUAGGGACAUGACAGCGCUGGAAGAAUUAUAUCUGCGAGGGAACGGCUUUAGUAAACUGGACAGUGGCCCACUUUUCGCCUCUAAGUCACUUAAACGACUUGACUUGAGCCUGUGCCGCAUAUCUUACAUAGGCCCGGACUCAUUUAGCCAGAUCCCGAAUCUGGAAGUCUUGGACGUGUCUGAGAACUAUUUGAUCCACCUGUAUAUCGCCACAGUUGAGCCUUUGACGAAUCUCCAAAUCCUGGAUGCCGGUAACAAUUCGUUGUCCUGUGACGGUGUCUCAAAAAACUUGGCGAAAUAUUGCGUCCAGAAGGGAAUAAGGUUCAAGGAUCCGUGCAAGCCGACGAUCGCCGAUUCGGAAAAGUUCCAGCGCAUGGUUAAUUUGGCCGAGCCGGAGGACGAGAAAAAUUCAUGGAUUUAUGACGACGGCCAAGAGAUACGACAUGACAAUCAAACAACAACAAACGCGACUUGUAAUAACACUCCUGCUGAUAAGAAAAGCCUGUUGCAGGAAAUCGUCGACUUGUCACCCGUGUUAUCAAUUCUGCUUCCAUUUAUUUAUGGAAUCGCCGUUGGUGUGCUGAUAGCGUACAUUCUGAGCGUGUUUUCCCGAAAAAAGCAAUCGGAUGAGCCCGCUCAUGACCAGAAUUUGCGAAGAAGUGGUACGUUUAGCCGGAUGCUCAGUCGAGGCGCGGUCACUGAGGAGCGGCAAAACCUGCCCCUGCGCGAGUGGCACCUCUCUGAGUCAACCCCCGUACUGUUUAGGAAAAACCAGUGCUAAUCUCUCUCAAUAAAACUGUGAUACUCCUCAAAAUACUUUUAUUUAUCGCUGGUUAUGUACAAAGUGGAAUGAAUAAAAUCAAAUAAAACGGAACAAUUUA